AUGAGCUCUGCGAUUGUGGGAGCCGCUUCCGCCAUUGGUGGAGCUGUCACAGCGGCCACCAGCAAUAGUUGGUUCAUCCCAAUGCUAAUGGCAGCGGUGGCCUAUUUCCAAUACGAGGAGAUCAUAGAUCCCGAGUCCAAACCAAGUGAUGUGGGUGGCGAUGAUAUACUCGAUCAUUAUGAUUUUAUAGUGAUAGGAGCCGGGUCAGCGGGUGCCGUGGUAGCGAAUCGUUUAACCGAAGUGGAGAAUUGGAAUGUGUUGCUCCUGGAGGCUGGCGGUGAUGAGACGGAACUCACAGAUGUCCCUCUGAUGGCAGGGUAUUUGCAGCUCUCCAAAAUCGAUUGGCAGUACAAGACGGAACCAUCGGGCACUUCGUGUUUGGCCAUGCAAGGAGGUCGCUGCAAUUGGCCCCGGGGUAAGGUCCUUGGCGGUAGCUCUGUCCUCAAUUAUAUGCUCUAUUUGCGUGGCUCCAAGCAUGACUAUGACAAUUGGGAGGCCAUGGGUAAUCCCAGUUGGUCCUAUCGCGAUGCCUUGUAUUAUUUCAAGAAAUCGGAGGAUAAUACCAAUCAGUAUUUGGCAAAUACACCUUAUCAUGCCACUGGUGGUUAUCUCACCGUUGGCGAGGCUCCUUAUCAUACUCCGCUUGCGGCUAGUUUUGUGGAGGCUGGCGUGGAGAUGGGCUACGAGAAUCGAGAUUUGAAUGGUGAAAAAAUGACUGGCUUUAUGAUUGCCCAAGGAACAACCCGCAGAGGAUCACGUUGCUCCACUUCCAAGGCUUUCCUCAGACCAGCCAGAUUGCGUCCCAAUUUGCACAUCUCAAUGAAUUCACAUGUCACAAGGAUUAUGAUUGAUCCCGUCACGAAACUAGCCUUUGGUGUGGAAUUUGUCAAGGAUCAAAAGUUGUAUCAUGUUAGGGCCACCAAGGAGGUGGUUCUCUCCGGGGGAUCAGUGAAUAGUCCACAGCUGCUGAUGCUCAGUGGAGUGGGUCCCAGGAAGGAAUUGGCCAAACAUCGGAUUCCGCUGAUCAAGGAACUGAGUGUUGGUGAGAAUCUACAGGAUCACAUUGGUCUGGGUGGAUUGACUUUCCUGGUUAAUCAACCCGUUUCCAUUGUGGAGAAUCGUUUCCAUACCAUGUCCACUGUCCUCCAAUAUGCUGUCUUUGGCCAAGGACCCUUGACCAUUCUGGGUGGAGUGGAGGGUUUGGCCUAUGUGAAUACCAAAUAUGCAAAUGGCUCUUUGGAUUGGCCAGACAUUGAGUUCCAUUUUGUAUCGGGUUCCACAAACUCGGAUGGAGGAUCGCAGUUGAGAAAGGCUCACGGCUUGACAGAGGCCUUCUAUAGAGCUGUCUUUGAACCGAUUAAUAAUCGAGAUGCCUGGAGCAUUAUACCCAUGUUGCUGCGACCACGUAGUGUUGGUAAUAUCAAACUGAGAAGUGGCAAUCCCUUUGAUUAUCCCUACAUCUUUCCCAAUUAUCUAACGGAUGACCAUGAUAUGAAGACCCUUAUCGAAGGUGUCAAGAUCGCUGUGGCAUUGUCACGAACCAAGGCAAUGCAGCGAUUUGGUUCCCGAAUCUCUAGUAUCCGAUGGCCGGGAUGUGAACAGGUUCCCCUAUUCACGGAUGCCUUUUGGGAGUGCAUGGUGCGAAGAUAUACAUCGACCAUUUAUCAUCCCGUGGGAACUUGCAAAAUGGGUCCCUAUUGGGACAAGGAUGCCGUUGUGGAUGCCAAACUAAGAGUUUAUGGCAUUCGAGGAUUGAGAGUGAUUGAUGCCAGCAUUAUGCCCAAAUUGGUAUCAGCCAAUACGAAUGCACCGGUUAUAAUGAUUGCGGAAAAGGGCAGCGAUAUGAUCAAGGAGUUUUGGAUCAAAAACACCAUCGUCUGA